GGUUGUCACAGCCAGAGCUAAGAGGUCUGCAACCAGAAAUACCAAAAGAUAUGGAAAGAAGUUGGCAAAGAAAUGCCACACAAGAAACGCAAGAAGAUGGAAGUCAAGACUGGUAAGGUUAAAAGGGAGAAACCUACCAUGACGAAAAAGAAGAACAAACAGGUCCCUUGCUACAAUUGCCCAAACUGCAGGGUGUGCUGUUCAUCGGAAGAUGCCAUGCUCGACCAUUUUAUAAGGAAGCAUUCAUCGUUGAAAGUUGAUAGGCCUGACACACUUUACAAUCAGGAAGAUGAAAUCAACGUGCCAUCCAACAUCCAUUGCCACCGAGACACUGAAGAGACGCCCCAACAAGAUGACAACGCCGCAAAUGAAGAUCAAGUCAAUGUGCCAUCUCACUUCUUUUUCCAACGAGACACUGACGAGACACCCCAACAAGAUGUAGACACUUCACAGCUUCUUCUUAUUCUUUCAAAUGACGUUGAACUUAACCCUGGACCGACUUUCAGUUGCAAGUGGACAUCAUGCUUCAAGAAAUUUAUUAAUUAUGGUGAACUUAGUGCCCAUAUAGUAUGUCACAUAGAGGGAACAAAUAGAUGCCAAUGGGAAGACUGCCAUGAAUGUUUUUCAGCUGUAAGAAGAUUUGAGCUGCAUCUUUUGAGACAUUUGUAUGAUAACAGCGAGAUAUUCAAAACAAUCGAUGAAUGGAAAAACACGCUACCUGAUGGGAAGAUCAAUGAACAGACAACAGAUCUGCAUAUGUGUCCACUUCAUCUGAGGUCCAAACUGAUGCUGCUCUUAUUUGAUGAAGAUUUCUCCAUUCCAACGGGUUAUUACACAAUAGAGGAACACUACAAAUACCUGGAAUUGCUAAAUAUUCCAGACAAUACCUGUCCCUGUGGAAGCGGUUGGCUCAAGCGAGAAGAUGACGAUAAUUACAGUGAAAAUGGACUGACCAUACACGAAAGACAAAGGACAUUAACUAUUUACACAAAUUUUGCACCUGUAAAAUGUGGCAUUCAUAUACGUGAAUGCUAUAAUUCAAUUAGUAAGCCAUGCAGAAUUCUUUGGGAUGAAGGGGACUUAGAUUGUAUACAUGUAUUAAGUAGGGAUACAGCAGCAGGAGAUGAAAUAGGGUGGGAAUUUGUAUCUAUGGUUAUGAAUUCUAGUUGCACUUUUUCCUCUUACUGCCAGUUUAAAAAUGAGAUGUAUAAAACUCGCCACAAUAAGGCUAGGUUUAUGGAUCAAACAGUUUUUUUUAAUUUUUGGUUCAGUUGGACUUCAAACAUGAAAAUAGAUUUCCUUAUACCCUGUGGUGUAUGUGGUUAUGGUCCUAAGAGAUUGUGCUGUGAUGGUACAAAAGUAGUGGUUGGAUUUCGGAAUUCAAAUUAUGAGGAAAUUACAGAAACAAACCAGGCUUUGGGCAUUAAUAAUACGCUGCAUCGUAGAAUGGAUAGAUGUUUUUUGAAAAAUUUGAAUGGAAUAGACAAACAAGAAAUGAUUAACCUUCGAACUACUUUAGAUUACAUUGCUCGGAAAGAACUGAAUGAAAUUAAAGAGAAUGAAAUUAUUGCAGAGAGGGAUUUAUUGGACCGUAUCGAGUUGUUAAAACAAGCACUGCCCUCUGAAGUUUUGGGUUCCUUCGAAAGAUUUUAUCAAAUGAGUGAUAAUGAACGAGUUGCAUAUUGA